GACAGCUGUGAUUGCGACGCUGAACGCUUCCUGCAUUCUCCGGGUAAAGACAUACUGCCUGUCCGCCCCAGAUCGGGUACAUAGACCGGCUUAUCAGGACCAUACCAAUCAACCAUUCACCUCCAGAUCGAAGCUAUUCACCCCAGAUAGACCACCACAAUGUCCAACCCUCUAGACACCGACGCGGGCUCCGAGCUCUUCAGCAGCUACGAAACCGAACUCAAACUCCUGCAGGCAGACCUAAACCAGAAACUCGACCAGAUCGCAGAGGCGAGUGGGGAACAAAGGAAGUCCGCCAUCAGCCAAGCCGAGCGCGCAAUGGACGAAGCCACAGAACUCCUCGACCAGAUGCGCAUGGAGAAGCAGAACAUCCCCUCCGCGUCGCGCUCAAAGGUCAACAUGCGGUUCCGCAACUACGCCACCGAAAUCGACGAGUCGAAGCGCAAGCUCAAGUCGCUGUCGGAUGAUCGUAAGGCGCUGUUUGGGGAUCGGUACACGGAUGAUCCGCAGGAUGAGCAUUUGGAGCAGAGGCAGCAGUUGUUGAGUGGGACGGAGCGGUUGGAGCGCAGCUCGGCGAGGUUGCAGAAUAGUCAGCGGCUUGCGUUGGAGACGGAGGAUAUUGGUCGGGGUACGUUGGCGGAUUUGAAUCAGCAACGGGAGAUGAUUGAACAUACGCGGUCGGGGUUGCAACAGAGUGAGGGCUAUGUUGAUACUAGUAUCAAGACGUUGCGGGGAAUGGCCCGUAGGAUGGCUACGAAUCGGCUGAUCACGAUUGCGAUCAUUACCGUUCUGGUUCUUUUGAUUUUUGCCGUUAUCUACAGCAAGUUCCAUUAGCGUUGUCCGGCAGGCGUUGAUACAGGUUUAUUUUUAUCGCUCUUGUUAUGUGAAUUACACACCGUCCAUCUUGUUUGAAUUGCAGGCACUCUACGAAUCCACUUGUAUGAUAGCGUUUAUCAGCUUAAUACUCCGAUGUUGCAGUUGAAUCGCGUUGCUUUAUUCAAUCAUCGAUCUCUUAACAGAAGCAGGGGUAUCAUUGCGCAAAGAUAAUCUAAACAUAAAUGCCAGCAACCAAGUCCUAAUUCAUAAUCCU